UGUAAUGUAAUGUAACAUGUUGUUAUCUGUUGUGUCACUGAGUCUGAUUGGUGGAAUCAAAUCUCACUCAUUAGUCCAACGGCAAAACCUGCGAGCUUCUCUCUCUAUCUCUUUCUCUAUGAUGGCCACUAACUCAGUCCGAGUUGCUGCGGCUCAGAUGACUUCCAUCAACGAUCUCGCUGCCAAUUUCGCCACCUGCUGCUCUCGUCUUGUUAAAGAAGCAGCAUCAGCUGGAGCAAAAUUGCUUUGCUUUCCUGAAAACUUCUCUUUUAUGGCUGCUAAGGAUGGGGAGGGUGUUAGUAUUGCACAACCUUUGGAUGGACCAAUUAUGGACCAAUACUGCUCUUUGGCAAGAGAGUCCAGCAUUUGGUUGUCACUUGGAGGCUUUCAAGAAAAAGGAUCUGAUGAUGAACAUCUGUGUAAUACCCACGUUGUGGUAGAUGACACUGGCAAUAUUAGAAGCUCUUAUAGAAAGAUACACCUGUUUGAUGUUGAUGUUCCUGGUGGAAGGGUAUAUAAAGAAAGUAGGUUUACAGAAGCAGGCAAGGAUAUUGUUGCAGUAGACAGUCCGAUUGGGCGUCUGGGCCUCAGUGUUUGCUAUGAUUUGAGAUUUCCAGAGGUUUACCAGUUGUUACGUUUCGAACAUGGGGCACAGGUACUAUUGGUGCCUUCAGCAUUCACUAAAGUGACUGGUGAAGCACAUUGGGAGAUUCUUCUUCGUGCUCGUGCAAUUGAGAGUCAAUGCUACGUCAUAGCUGCUGCACAAGGUGGCAAACAUAACGAUAAAAGAGAAAGCUAUGGUGACACAUUAAUUAUUGAUCCAUGGGGGACCAUUGUUGGUCGAUUACCAGAUCGUUUGUCUACAGGCAUUGCAGUAGCUGAUAUUGAUUUAUCAUUGGUUGAUUCUGUAAGAGAGAAGAUGCCAAUUGCUAAGCAAAGGAAGCCAAUUGACUUCUGGAAUGCUGCAUCUCUAUAGUACUUACUCGGACCAGUCUAAAAGGGGUAGUCUAUCUCCAUAUAGAAAAAUAAGGGAUUACCCUGAGGAUGGGUCUACAAUUAUAAUAUUGGUCCAUGCUUGCUGUAUUUAUUAUAAGGAUUAAGAUUAUUAUACUUCAUGGUAAUAAUUACUGUCUUUUAUCUUCAAGUCACUGGUGCAUGCUCCAUGUUAUGGGUGUUACAAGUUAUACUGUAGGAUCAAGUAUUAUUUUUUAUAAUUUUAGAUUAUACAAC